GGGUCUGAUGCUAGAAGUUCUUACAUGGCGGGCCAGACAAAGUCAAUGCCGGCAACAACGGACUCCUACACAUAAAUUUUUUAAUUCACCAAUUGUUUCUCUUCUAUAAUUAGCCCUCAUCACUCAAUUUCUCAAUCUCAGAUUAUAAUUCCACAAACGAACAAGAAGAAGAAGAAGAACACAAGAUAACAAUGGAGAGUAACAACAACGAGAAGAAGAAAGUUGCAAGACAAUCAUCAUCCUUCAGACUACGUAGCCCAAGCCUAAACGCACUUCGUCUCCAACGAAUCUUCGACUUAUUCGACAAAAACGGCGACGGAUUCAUAACCGUCGAAGAGCUAAGCCAAGCUCUAACACGUCUUGGUCUCAACGCUGAUCUCUCCGAUCUCAAAUCCACCGUUGAAUCAUACAUCCAACCUGGUAACACUGGUCUCAAUUUCGAUGAUUUCUCUUCUCUUCACAAAACACUCGACGAUUCUUUCUUCGGUGGAGCUUGUGGAGGAGGAGAAAACGAAGAUGAUCCUUCUUCCGCAGCUGAAAAUGAAUCGGAUCUCGCCGAGGCGUUUAAGGUGUUUGAUGAGAACGGUGAUGGAUUCAUCUCCGCUAGAGAACUGCAAACUGUUCUGAAGAAACUUGGUUUACCUGAAGGUGGAGAAAUGGAGAGAGUGGAGAAGAUGAUCGUUUCCGUUGACCGGAAUCAAGAUGGUCGCGUUGACUUUUUUGAAUUCAAGAACAUGAUGCGUACUGUUGUCAUCCCUUCUUCUUGAUUCUCCAAAAAAACAUUUUUUCUCCAAAAGAUUAUUAUUUUUACUUUUUGUCUUUUAAGUUUGUAUUUUUUCCAGUUUAUGUAAUGAUUGAUUCAAACAUUAUAAACAAAUAAAUUUUUUCUUUUUUGUACUUACUGAAUUUGGCACGAAAAAUUCGUACCAAACGCAUAUUGUCGCCUAUAAACAAUAUUCAAUCUAAUAUAUUUGUUUGAAA